UUGUUAUUUAGUGAAUAUUUAAGGCUAAAUCAACAACAUGAAGGACAGCGUUGAGUAUCUAAGCAACAAGAAGCACAAAAUCGUGUUCGUUAUGGGCUCCACUGCUACCGGAAAAUCAAAACUCUCCGUCGAUUUAGCCACUUUCUUCCCGUCAGAGAUCAUCAACUCCGACAAGAUUCAGUUCUACAAAGGCCUCGACAUCAUCACCAACAAAAUCACCGAAUCCGAUCGCCGUGGCGUUCCUCACCAUCUCCUCGGCGUAAUCGACGAUCCAGACGCCGAUUUAACAGCCGGAGAGUUCUGCCGUCUCGUCGAAGAUUCAAUUGCCGACAUUAUUAGCCAUGGACGCCUUCCAAUCAUCGUCGGAGGUUCAAACAACUACAUUGAAGCACUGGUUGAGAAUCCGAUUACGGAUUUCCGUUCACGAUUCGAUUGUUGUUUCCUCUGGAUCGAUGUUGCUCUGCCCGUUCUGUACAAGUACAUCGGGAAACGAGUCGAUCAAAUGGUGGAAUUAGGGCUAGUUGAAGAAGUUCGUGACAUGUUCGUUCCUGGCGCUGAUUACAGCCGUGGAAUCCGCCGCGCAAUCGGCGCUCCGGAAUUAGACAGUUACUUCAAAGCAGAGAAGAACAACGAAGAAGAAUCGUACAAGAACGAUUUAUUGAAAUCUGGAAUUCAUGAAAUUAAGGAGAAUACUUGUAAGCUCGCGCUUCGUCAAUUCGGAAAAAUCCACCGGCUCCGUGAUGAACUCGGUUGGGGACUCCACCGGGUCGACGCGACGGCGGUGUUUGAAAAGAGCGGAGAAGAGGCGGCGGAUGAGUGGAUGAAUGCGGUUCUGAAACCGAGCUUAGGAAUCGUCGGCGAUUUCUUGAACGAGAAACAGAAAGAUUAUCAGAUCGAAGCUGUGAUCAAGAACAGAUUGGCGAUUAUGAAUGGCUAUGAAGAAUUGAAGGCGAAAAUGAAUUUUGGAUCCAAUAACGCGGUUGGAUAUGGGCUCGUGAUUGGAUUUGCGGCUUUUGGUUUGAUCACGAACUGGGUUUGCAGUUCGAAAUGAAAGUUGGGAAUAUGUGGAUUGAAGCUGCUUCAAACUUUAUGAAGAAAUUAAAAAUGAAAAUAGUUAAGUUUAAAGAACAAUAUUAUCCACAAUAUGAAUCCAACAGUUUGAAGAUAAAUCUGCUUGGUUAGUUAAUUAGGGUUUUAAAUCACUAUAUGUAAUGAAUUAUGAA